UCCCGCCGGCAGGCAUCGCACGCGAAUUUUCGGAUCCGAGCACGAAAACCGACGGAAACGCUCGCGAAAUCAGAAAACUAGGACCGGGGCCCCCUAGAAAUCCGAAAAACUAGGAUUAAGCCUCGCGCGAAAACCGGAAAUGUACUCGCAGUGAUGUCCUGUCAUGAGGCCCGUCAUCAUCGCGGCCUGCCUGCUGCUGCUCGCGCCCAUCACCGACUCCUGGUGGGCGUCCGGCAGCGCAGUGAUCCUCGACCCUCGCAUGGUGUGUAAGAAGAACCGUCGCCCGCGCGGCCGCCUCGCGCAGAUCUGCCGCAACGAGACCGGCCUGCUGCGCGAGAUCAGCCGCGGCGUCACCCUCGGCGCCACCGAGUGCGCCCACCAGUUCCGCCACAGGCGCUGGAACUGCACCACGCAGAGGCGCAGCAUGAGGAAGAUACUCAUGAGAGAUACAAGGGAAACUGGGUUCGUGAACGCAAUCACGGCGGCCGGAGUCACAUACGCGAUCACUCGGGCGUGCACCGCCGGCGCGCUACUGGAGUGCUCUUGUGAAAAGGGUGCACCAAAAUCGCGUCGAGGCAAGGCCUUAACGGUUCCCACCCCACCGGUCACCACCCAGAGCGACAGGUGGCAGUGGGGAGGGUGCAGUGACAACGUCCGCUUCGGCCUGCAGAAGUCCAGGGAAUUCAUGGACAGCAGAUACAGAAAGCGGAGCGACAUCAAAACACUGAUCAAACUGCACAACCAUAACGCUGGGAGGUUGGCCAUAAAGUCGAACAUGAGGAUAGAGUGUAAGUGCCACGGACUGUCGGGCUCGUGUACACUGAGGACGUGCUGGUGGCGGAUGCCGGCAUUCAGAGAGGUCGGCGACAGGCUUAGGGAUAAGUUCGAGGGAGCCGCUAAGGUGAUCUCCAAUAACGACGGUGACAAUUUCAUGCCCGAGAGUACAAAUAUAAAGCAGCCUGGCAAAAAAGAUAUAGUCUACUCGGAGCAGUCGCCGGACUUCUGCGUCCCCAACGCGAAGACUGGGUCACUGGGCACGGAGGGGAGACAGUGCAACGUCAGCUCCGCCGGGACGGAAGGCUGUGAUCAACUCUGUUGUAGGAGAGGCUUCACGCAGACCACGGUGCGCGAGCCCGAGAACUGCAACUGUCAUUUCAAGUGGUGUUGCGAGGUGAUCUGCGAGACGUGUUUCGUCAAACGGGAAAUACAAACAUGCCUUUAAUGUGAUAAAUAUAUAUUUGUUAAAUAAAGAUUAUUUAAUGUGGAUCUAACCGAUCAA